AUGAGUACUACUGAACAAACUGAACAAGCUGCUAAACAAUUCGUCCCAUGGAACAACUUGGGUAAAUCUGGCUUGAAAAUUUCCAAUGUUAUCGUUGGUGCAAUGUCUUUUGGUUCAAAAGAAUGGGCACCAUGGGUUUUAGAUGAUGAAGAAAAAAUUUUCAAAAUUUUGAAAAAAGCUUAUGAUCAUGGUAUUAGAACUUUUGAUACUGCUGAUAUUUAUUCAAAUGGGUUAUCAGAAAUUAUUUUAGGUAAAUUUUUGAAAAAAUAUAAUAUUAAGAGAGAUAAAGUUGUUAUUUUAACAAAAGUUUGGGGUCCAAUUGAUGAAGAUUUAGGUCCAAGUUUCUUCUUCCCAUUUAUUAAAACUGAUGAAGAACGUACAAAUUUUGCAAAUAAUCAGGGUUUAUCAAGAAGACAUAUCUUAGAUGCUGCUAAGAAUUCUGUUAGAAGAUUAGGUACUUAUAUUGAUGUUUAUCAAGUUCAUAGAUUAGAUCAAAACACUCCAUAUGAAGAAACUUUAAAAGCUUUAAAUGAUGUUGUUGAAUCUGGGUUAGCAAGAUAUAUUGGUGCUUCAACAAUGAGAGCUGUUGAUUUUGUUGAAUUACAAAACAUUGCUGAAAGAAAUGGAUGGCAUAAAUUUAUCUCUGUUCAAAGUUAUUAUAAUUUAACAAACAGAGAAGAUGAAAAUGAAUUGAAUUAUUAUGCUCAAAAAACAGGUGUUGGUAUUAUUCCAUUUUCUCCAUUAGCUGGUGGUAUUUUAGCAAGAGAAAUUGAUUCCGGCUCUUCAGAAUUAACAACAAGACAGCAAUCAUUUGGUCCAAUUUCCUACGUUGUUAAAGAUGAUAAUCCUGAACAAGCUGUUGAAAUUGCCAUCAUUAAAAGAGUUGGUGAAUUAGCUGCUAAGAAGAAUGUUUCAAGAGCUGCUAUUGCCACCGCUUGGUUGAUUCAUAAAGGUGCUAAUCCAAUUGUUGGUUUAAACUCUGAAAAAAGAAUUGAUGAUUUGAUUAUUGGUGCUAAUUUGAAAUUAGAUGAUGAUGAAGUCAAGUAUUUAGAAGAACCUUAUAAACCAAGACAAAGAGUCUUUGAAUAG